GUUUUUCGCUCCAAGCAGUUUUAGCGGAAAACUGAUAAAAUUUUAUGAAUUUAUUAGAAAGCAAGUUGAAAAUGGAGUUAAAAAGUCCAAAAAUUGGCAACCCUAUCAACUCGUUCAUUUUCCAUCAUCGGCUUUUUUAAGUUUUUGCAUCAUUUCAAGUCGUGUUUUCCGCUCAAAAUGACAAAAUCAUUAGGAAUUAAUUUACAUUUCCCCGAGUCUGACGUAUCCAAGACGACUCCAGUUGUAUUGCUGCUCGGUUGGGCAGGUUGUCAAGAUCGUUACUUGCAGAAAUAUUCAAAAAUCUACGAGGACAAAGGUCUUAUCGUCGUUCGAUAUUGUGGACCUGUGUCACACGUCUUCUGGGAUAAGCCGGGACUCGUAAAAGCCGCACGUGACAUUGCCAAAUAUUUGAAAAAUGACUCGCGGUUAGAUGGGAGACCGUUAUUUUUGCAUCUUUUCUCCAAUGGGGGAGCUUUUUUGAACGAACAUCUUUCGAUGUGCCUGAAAAAUGAAGGAAUGACUCUUAAAGGAAUAAUUUACGAUUCUGCUCCCGGUGAGCGGCGAGUUAAAACUUUAUUUCAUGUCAUGCAAGAAAUUUUCGGAAAAAUGACUCCAAUUGGACCUUUGAUAGCUGCUAUUAUCUUCUCCCUGCUAUUUUGUAUGUACAUUCUUCAAAUGUUUUACUACAAAACGAAGGAAAUUCUAGUCGGUUACACGCCAGGAAGUGAUCCUUUCAGAGCUUUAUGUGAACAAAAGACCAUAAAUUGCCCACAUUUGUUGUUCUAUUCGAAGAAAGAUAAUUUAAUAUUGGCUCCAGAUGUUGAACAUUUCGCGAGUUGCCGUGAAAAGUUGGGAAAUAAAGUGACAAAAGUCUGUUUUGAUGACUCGGAGCAUGUGAGGCACUUCAUGAAACAUCCAGAAGUUUACAAAAAUAGCAUUGACAAGUUCAUGGAAGAGUGCUUGAAAAAUUAAUUUGACAUUUUGUGGUUUAAAGUUGGACUCUGAGAGUCUUUGGUUGUGGCAUAAGCUGAUUUUUCAAGUGAACGAGCAAAAUUGGAUCAAAUCCAUUCACAUUAAUUUAUUUAUUUAUUAAAUAAAAAGACAAUUUUCACAGUUCAAGAUGAUUUUUCAUUCGU